UUCAUCAAGGGGCUACCCUUAACAAGUGGUUUGCUCGGAAUGCAAACAGAAAUUUUAAAUUAUGACUUUAGAUGAUGAAAGCGAACAGUACAUUCAUAAAAAAUUGUAUCGUAGUCGUGGAAAAUGCGCAAUCUAUGCAUGCCAAUCGGAUGUAUACGUCGAGCUGAAACAGAAAUCCAAUGCGAGGACCCCAAUUUCCGCAAUGGCUGAGAACGCCAAUAGUUUCACACUUGAUAUUGGACACGAUGCUUGGUUUCACAUAGCCAUGCACUUGGAACCGGAAGAUGUGCAAACCUUUGCCUUACUCUGCAAGCAGACGGCCAAGCUGGUGAGCUCUCGAGUCUUCUGGCGCAAUAUGUACAAGCGCUAUUGCUUGGGCAGUACAGCCAAGGGCUGGAACUUGGAGCUUCCUGCCCAAUUGCAACUGGAGCAAAUACGUACCUGUGAUACGAAAACGCUGCGUGCUAAAGUUAUUGAAGCACUUUACCAUUGUUAUAGUCCACUGAAAACGCGCCUGGAGUUGGGCUACAGCGUGGACUGGCUACUACAUCGCACCUUUAUGUCCUGCUCCCAGAAGCAGUAUCAAUGCCUGUGGGUCAUAUGCUAUGCACUGCGAAACCAACAGGCAAUAGCGGCCAGAGGAUUAGUCGAAGAUGAAGGUGGACCGGCAGAGGCGGACAACGAAGUGGUUAACGAUUGGGAAGCGUUGGCAGGGGAUACUGAUCUAUCUGCAGGCCCAGCUAAAUCCUCAUAUCGUCAUGAAGGUGUUGUUCUACUGAUUGUGCUGUGCCGACAAUUUGUGCCACUGCCGCUACAAUUGCUUUACAAUCAGCAACAGUCGCUCUUUCGGCUAAAGGCUACACGCGAGCUGCUCUGCACGGAUAUGCGGGCCAAGAACCUGGAGUUGGACUUUAUCGAGGACAAUAGCAGUAGCAAUAGUUUGAGUGUCACUGUUAAAUAUUCACGAAUCGAAAAGUACAAAGUUCUGCCCUGGUGGCAUCCAGAUUUCAAAAGGUUUAUUAAAUAAAAUUCGAAAUAUAAUAUGUA